AUGGACGUCCCUUUGCAGUUGUCCAUGGACAAGACUGAUGGUGCUGGUGCUUUGGUUAAAGCAAGUUCAGAUAAAGUUAAAACCACACCUGCUGGAGAAUACCUUACUGCUGCACUGAAUGACUUCGAUCCUGACCAAUAUGAUAGCAUUGCUGCGAUUUCAGCAAACAUGCUUUUGAUGCUGGUCCUAGCAGCUGUCAUUAAAGCAGGUGCUUCUAGAGAGCAUGAAAUACUUGCUGAAAUUAGAGAUGAUGUUUUUGCUUUUAUCCGGAAAAUUGAACCAAAGAGAGUAAUGGAUACCAUGCUUGUUUCCCGUGUUAGAAUUUUAUAUAUAAGGUCUUUGCUUGCUAGAUCACCCGAGCUUCAGUCCAUCAAGGUUUCCGCAGUUGAGUGCUUUCUAGAAAAGCCUAAUUCAGCACGUAGUAGAAGUUCCAGUCGGAGUAGCAGUCCUGGAAGAUAUCUCGUGCGUUAUGUUGAUGAGAAGAUCCAGGGCUUUAAAGUAAAUAUAAAGCCAGAAAAGAAAUCAAAGUUGUCGUCGGUAGUUUCAAGAAUCCGUGGACUUGAUCAGAAUACUCUGAGACAUCAGCAGGUUACUGGUGGAAAGCUAAGAGAAGUACAAGAGGAGGCCAAAAGUUUUGCAUUAGGAAACAAAUCUCUUGCUGCUGUUUUUGUCCACACUCCUGCUGGUGAACUGCAGCCGCAAAUUAGGUCCUUGCUUGCAGAAAAUUUCGAGUUUCUUUCUAUUACUGGGGAUGAAGCAUCUGGGGGAACCACUGGUCAGUUAGAGCUUCUUUCAACUGCUAUUAUGGAUGGUUGGAUGGCUGGACUUGGUGCUGCACUCCCUCCUAAUACAGAUGCUCUUGGUCAACUUUUAUCGGAGUAUGCAAAGCGAGUUUUUACUUCUCAAUUGCAGCACUUGAAGGAUAUUGCUGGUACCCUAGCAACAGAAGAAGCUGAUGACGUGGCUCAAGUGGCAAAGUUGCGUUCAGCUCUUGAAUCUGUUGAUCACAAACGAAGAAAGAUUUUGCAACAAAUGAGAAAUGAUGCUGCAUUGCUAACAUUGGAGAAUGGCAGUUCGCCCAUUCAGAAUCCAUCUACUGCAGCUGAAGAUGCCCGUUUAGCAUCCCUGAUUUCUCUUGAUAGCAUAUUGAAGCAAGUCAAGGAUAUAACGAGGCAAUCCUCUGUAAGUAGCAUGGGUAGAAGUAAGAAGAAAGCAAUUUUAGCAUCUCUAGAUGAGCUGGGGGAACAAAUGCCCUCUCUCCUUGACAUUGAUCAUCCCUGCGCUCAGAGGCAAAUUGCCAAUGCUCGACGCCUGGUUGAGUGGAUCCGUGAAGAAGAUGAUCAGGCACGUGAGAUAGACCAUGCUCAAAAGCCAUCUACAGAAAUGGGAUCUGGUACUGAGACUGAUGUUGCACAAUGGAAUGUCUUACAAUUCAACACAGGCUCAACAACCCCAUUUAUCAUCAAAUGUGGAGCAAACUCGAAUUCUGAACUGGUCAUCAAGGCAGAUGCAAAGGUUCAGGAGCCCAAAGGUGGUGAAAUUGUGAGGGUUGUUCCAAGACCCUCAGUUUUAGAAAAUAUAAGCUUGGAUGAAAUUAAACAACUAUUCUCCGAACUUCCCGAGGCUCUUAGCUUACUCGCCCUAGCUAGGACCACAGAUGGCACCCAAGCUCGAUAUUCCAGAUUGUAUAGGACUUUGGCGAUGAAGGUUCCAUCGCUAAGGGAUCUAGUUGGGAAGCUGGGAAAGGGGGGAGUAUUGAAAGAUGUGAAGUCGUGAAAGAAAAGGGGCAUGUUGUUUUAUUUUGUGACGUCUUUGGUUUUGGGGGGGGGUCCGUUUCUGUUUAUGAUAUUUAGGAGGGAUUGGCUUGUGUUUGGAGGGACAAUGGGGUGUUGUAAACCUGUGAUUUAACGUGCUUUGUAGGGCGGUUUUAGGGAGUA